AUGUUCCUGCGUCGCGCUGCCGCUGCGAUCCGCCGCCCGGCGCCUUCGUCGUUCCGCCGGAGCUUCGCCAGCCUCCCGAACGACCGCAUCCGCAACGUGGCCAUCGUGGCCCACGUCGAUCACGGCAAGACGACGCUGGUCGACCAGCUCCUCAAGCAUGGCGGUAACUCGAUCUCGGAGGAGCGCGUGAUGGACUCGAUCGACCUCGAGCGCGAGCGCGGUAUCACCAUUAUGUCCAAGUGCACGCGCGUCGAGUACGAAGGCAAGGUGCUCAACAUCGUCGACACGCCGGGCCACGCGGACUUUGGCGGCGAAGUCGAGCGCAUUCUGAGCAUGGCAGGCUACGAUCGCGAUGAAGUCGACGUGCACUGCACGGACGGCGUGGUGCGCUCGGCGCUGGUCUUUAUUGCGACGCCCGACAACUCGGACUUUCUCGGGCCUGCACCGCUGGAUAUCAUGGCCCACGAGAUCCGUACGCGCGUCGGGCCCAGCGGCCCGAACUUGGAGUAUUUUGAAAAGCUCUGCCAAUGCAUGCGCGACAUCCACGUCGAGGACCCGCACUUGCUCGACCUCGAAGCCGCCAUCGCGCAGCAAGCUAAAGCGACGUAA